CAAUCUCUUCUAUUUACCACUCACCUUCGAAACCCUAAUCCUCGUUUUUUCUUCAUCGAAAUACAACCCCAAGCUUCUGUCUAUCGAAAGAUUUUUUUCCGAUCACUCUCUCGUGAAAUUUCAACUUAAAUUAGCGAUAUGGGUUCCAAAUCCAAGAGCGAUAACCCCCACUCCGGAGAUGGUGCUAGCCCUGGGAAGAUUUUCAUAGGAGGAUUGGCUAAGGAUACUACGUAUGCUACCUUUAACAAGCAUUUUGGGAAAUAUGGGGAGAUAACUGAUUCAGUGAUCAUGAAAGAUCGGUACACAGGUCAGCCUAGGGGUUUUGGUUUUAUCACCUAUGCUGAUCCUUCGGUUGUAGAUAAGGUUAUUGAAGACACCCAUAUCAUCAAUGGGAAACAGGUUGAAAUAAAGAGGACCAUUCCUAAAGGUUCUGGGCAAUCAAAGGAUUUUAAAACUAAGAAGAUAUUUGUGGGUGGUGUUCCAUCAUCAGUUACAGAAGAUGAGUUCAAGAAUUUCUUUUCAAAAUAUGGGAAAGUGGUGGAGCACCAGAUUAUACGGGAUCAUGAAACCAAUCGUUCUCGAGGAUUUGGAUUUAUUAUUUUUGACAAUGAAGAAAUUGUAGAUCAAAUGUUAUCCAAGGGAAAUAUGAUUGAUAUGGCUGGUACUCAGGUGGAGAUCAAGAAAGCUGAACCAAAGAAAGCCUCAAACCCACCACCUGCUCCUGCAUAUGGUAGCAACUCUAGGAGUCGUUCUUACAAUGACAGCUUUGGUGGAUUUGGAGGUUCUUAUGGGGGCUUUGAUGGAGGGUUUGGGCCUGGUCCCUAUAGGACUCCUGGGGGUCUGGGUGGUAGACUUGGUGGUGGUGGAUAUGGGUAUGGUAGUGGUGGUGGGGACUUUGGUGGUGGAUAUGGCAGUUUUGGCGGGAGUAGCUUAGGAGGAUACCGAGGUGAAUCUUCCCUUGGUUAUUCUGGUCGAUUUGGACCUUAUGGUGGCGGGUUUGGUGGGGCUUAUGGUGGUAGUGGUUUAGGUGGUUAUGGUCGGGGAGGUGAGGGAUAUGGAAGUUAUGGAGGUUCUGGUUACGGUGGGGGUUAUGAAUCUGGUCCAGGUGCUAGUUAUGGAGGAGCAGGUGGCCUGUAUGGAAGGGGAGGCUAUAGUGGCAGUAGUCGAUAUCAUCCUUAUGCAAGAUAGAAUGAAGCAUUUCAAUGCAGUUGCUUAAGCUUUGCAUAGAAGUUCCAAACAGGGUCAUCUAGUUUAAAGCCUUGUGAAACAGAUAGGCACUUUCCCACAUUUACUAGAAGUCUCCUAUCUCUGCGAUUGAGGAAAGCUUUUAAGGAUCAGAGGAUCUACUUUAUUAGAUUAUUUUCUUCUAUGUAUGUUUUAGUCAGACUUCGUAGUUAUGCUCCAACUUAGUUCUUGGUGUGUCUGGUUUACUUGUUCUAGUUAUUUUAAUAGUCUGUGUUGUAGACAAUAGUAUCUUGGUUUGAAGCUUGAUGCCAUUUAUUUAGUUUGAUCUAGAUAGACGCUUUGUUAAUUUAUACCUGUUUGUUUUUAUAUAUACAGUGUAGCAGUUGGGCGUUUUACAUUGAUAUUUAUUCUUAGCUGGAUUCAGCUAGAUUUGAUUAUUUAUGGAUUAGGCAAACAUUUAAGAUGUGCCAUUCUCUUGCAACUAAGAACUCACUGUAGUUUUAUUUCAACGCCUUAAAAGAAAAAGAAAGAACCAACUAUAGAAUAUUGCAAUAAGAAGUCAUUCUAUAGUGUGUGUAGUAUGAAUGAACUUGAGACUACUUAGGUAAGCUUUCCAUGCAUUGAAAUUAUACCCGUUAGGACAGGUGAAAAUGAGUGGUGGUGGUUGGUCGCAGAUUGAAUUUACAUUCUUUUAGUUUCCAGGGCAAUUGGUGAUAAAGGGCAGUUUCUCGGCCUUGUUUUUGAAUGCUUUUAAUGUCUUGCUAUUGACCCUUGUCAAGUUUGCUUGGAGGAAACGAAUGGGUUUGUGUUUCUAAAAAUAUUCCAGUUGCAGUGCUUCUACUGCCAAAUGUAAUGUAGCCCAUUGUUUCUUCGAGUAUUUUCACAAUAAAUAUCUACUGUCCUUGGUUAACUUUGUUCAGAGAUGUGGGGAUAUAUUUUUCAAGACUAAGAUUGUUCUCUUGCUUAUGCUUAGCAGAAUUUUUUGCUGAUAAUUAUUACUAUUUUCUUUUGAUUGUAGUAGGGAUGAAUACUGAUUUUAUCUGGCAAUGAUAUGGGGAGGGCUAUCCCUAUUGUGUAGCCCAAAUUUCUGUAUAAAAGAAAAAAGUAUUUGAGCUUUA